AUGGGUGGAGGAGGCAUGGGUCAGGGAGAGGGGGUUAUGGAGAGGAGAUGGAAAGAUAGAAGGGGUAAAAGGGGAGAGGGGAUGAGGGAUAGAGAGGGUUUUGUUGGGGUGGACUUGUCCUUUAAGGAUAAAUUUUCUAACAGUGUAGAUGGGAGGAGAAAGCGAACAGAGAAAAAGAAAUCUCAAGAAGCAAGAGUUGUUGUAUCGAGAAUAUUCUACACCAUCAACAGAUCAUGGACAGGGAGAAUAACAUUACCAGAACUCAGGAGGAGUAAUCUACUUUCGGUCAUUGCACUAUUAGAGGAAGAAGAUGACAUCAAUCAGAUCACAGAUUUCUUCUCCUACGAGCAUUUCUACGUCAUCUACUGUAAGUUCUGGGAGCUCGACGCGGACCAUGAUCUUUACAUCGACAAGAAAGAUCUGGCACGACAUCAAGAUCAUGCCAUUUCUUCUCGAAUGAUUGACAGAAUUUUUUCUCCUGGAACAGUUCUCAGCCCUGCAUCCGUCAGAGAAGGUCGGAUGAGCUACAAUGAAUUUGUUUCUUUUCUUUUAUCAGAGGAAGACAAAAAACAACCAAUCAGUAUAGAGUACUGGUUCCGAUGCAUGGAUCUGGACGGGGAUGGACUCCUCUCAAUGUUUGAGCUGGAGUUCUUCUACGAGGAGCAACUCAACAAGAUGGAGAGCCUUGGUAUUGAGACCCUGCCGUUUGAAGACUGUUUAUGUCAGCUACUAGAUUUGGUGAAACCUAAGAAUCCAGACUUCAUAACAUUGCAUGAUCUCAAGAACUGCAAGCUGGCUUACAUCUUCUUUGAUACGCUCUUUAACCUGGAGAAAUUCUUGGAACACGAGCAGAGGGAUCCCUUCGCAAGCAAUAGGGAUUAUGAGACCGAGGGUCCGGAGCCAACAGACUGGGAGAAGUAUGCUGCCGAGGAAUACGAGAUGCUGGUAGCGGAGGAGGGAGGACAGGAUACACAACAACACUCACAGCAGGAGGAUGACUGUGACUACGCGGACGACUUUGAGCCUGAGGAUGACAUUAUCACCAUCGACCUUCGGCAGAAGGCCACCAUUUCCGAGCCAGGGGUGGAGCCACCACAGAGGAACAAGUGGAUCGGGGAAGGGGGCGACGACUCGGGCAAGGGGUUAUGACGAUCGCCCCCAGACAGUGUGAUUCUGUAGCCUUGAUGUAUCUUCAUGUAAUAAAGAGCUCUGGUUUUAGGUCUUUUCCAGAUGGCCCCAUCCCUAGUGAAUGGUCACCUCUGAAUACGGCACCACAAAAGUCAGUGCCACGUUUGGUCACGUCUUUUAACAAGAAUUAUAUGAGCUGUGUCAUCAACAUUUGAAGUCUGAAAAGUUGCCAAGACCUGACAACCUUCCUUGCUUUUGGAUGGCUAAGAUGUCCAUGUGUCUAGCUGUUAGUCUGCUAACAACCAUCCUAUGAUCUUAUGGAAUUACUAUAAAAAAAGUGACUGAGAUCGAGAUAAAAUGGCCUGAAGUUCAUUAACUAUUAUAAUUGUGGUCAAAGUUGAAGUGUUGUGUAGCUGUUCUGACUCUCGCCUUUUCCACUACUUGAGGUUCCUCAUGCUCAUGGGCAUAUCCUGUUAAUAGGGUCCUGAGCCAACAGACUAGGAGAAUUAUGCCGUUACGGAAUGUAAGAUAUAGUGGAAGUAUCGUGGUGGAGUGGUUCAGACUCUUGCCUUGCAAUCAUUGGGUCAUGUAUUUGAAUCCCACUGCAACCUCGCUUCCUGUGGCAAGGUGUUAAUCCACACUUUGCCUCUCUCCACCCAGGUGUUCAAUGGGUACCCGGGAGGAUUGCGAAAACCUAUGUAAGUAUGCCUAGCAAUCCAGUCUUGGAACGGUUGUUGGAAUGCUCCCCAGGGAGUGGAGAAAGUGCAUAUCUUGUGAGCAGGCAUGCAAGAGUCCAGUGAUCCGGGUAAUAAUUUUGUAAAGUGCGUAGAGACAUCACUAAUGUAUAAUGCAGAAUAUUAUUGUUAUUAAAAUACAAAAAUGAAUAUGAAUUUUUAAACUCUUGACUAGUAUAAGUAGUAUAACUAGUAUUCCUUUGAAUAGAUUGCUUCCUGUAGAUAACCUAUCUGCAGUGAAUAUCAUGCCUAUAUUGUGUCUUGUGGGCUUCAUCUCAAUAUGCAUAACUGUAAUUUGCAAUAAUUUCUGAUUUGGAAUCAGUUGUAUGCAGGUAAUGAUGUUUCAAACAGUAAUCCAUAUGGAUUAAUUCCAUGGAUAUUCUUUGCAAUUGAUAUCAAAUAUCAAUUACAAAUUUUUGAUUGAUAGAUCAAUUUUCGUUAAAGCAAAUCAAUUGAUGCUUUCAGUGCCUAGAGCGUAAAUGCCCUCCACCCCCCCCCCCCUUUGAUUGGAGAGAGUGUAUACAUUGUGUGCAGGCAAGCCAGAACUCAAUGACGGGUAAUGAUACGUCUGUAAAGUGCUUUGAGAUAUCGUUACAAUCCAAGUUUGUAAGCAGAAUAUUAAGAUCCUUAGUUUAGAUACCAUUUUCACGACAGUAGAGACAGUAGUGUAGUAACUUGCAUUUCUUUUUUUAAUACCAAGACUACUAUCAUAGUUUGAUGCUUCUAUAUACUUUAGAUGCUGCACUCAUACAAGUUGGUCAGUAUUAAAUAACAGUCUAGCUCUCUUUUGAACAACUAGAGAUUGGUAUUCUAUCAUGUUGCGGCUUGCUUCUAUUAUUUUUGUUCUGCUAUUCAGUAUUUCUCAGAAAUCUUUUUGAUACCUCUGUAGCCUUAUUCCAGCUUGAGUUUUGAAGAUGCAUACUUCAUUGGUGUAGGGAUGCCACUUUACAAAACUGAUUUAGAAGAUCGCUUUGUUUAAGCGUUCCCAUCAUAAUCUCUGAACUAGUUAAAGGUAAAAGAAAGUAGUUGCAGCAAACAAUUAUUUCAUGAGAAAGUGUUGAAAAUCAAGGUUAAUUGCCACAAUAGCAUAGAUCUAGAUCUGGUACAUUGAAAUAAACUUAUCUUUGUGAAAUCAUGAAAUUUAGCUGAAAACCAAUAAUUCUGAUGAUCACUGACACAAACAUGCAUAUGUGGGACAAUGUAUUAAUAUGACUUGGAAAAAUACCUGACGUUUUAUGGAAUUCCGUGCAUAUUUCGCUCCUUUCUCAGCAAUUACUAAUUUUUUCCAAGAGUCAUAUGGCACAUAUUUCUUAUUUAUACAUUCAAACAUUAUAAUCUGUUCGAAAUCAUUUUGAGAUCGUUACCACAACUGGCAUUUAUCUAUAAGAUUUCCAGGACCACUUAUAAUCAUUUCUAGGAUUGCUUGGAGUGUUCUACUUCAGGUUAAACUGCUUUCCACUAAACUAGUUUAAGAAUGUGGAUGAGUACAGGUUCUUACUUUACUUGUCUUUUUAUAUUAUUGAGAAUUUCAAUGAAUUUUGUAGACUUGCAUAAUUUGGAUGUUGUAUUUGUCAAGGUGAUGAUGCAGUGAUUCUAGCUGCACAUUGAAAGCAAUAGAUGUCUGAGCUUCAUAUGAACAAAUUAAAAUGAACUUUGUUGUGAAGAUAUAAAGUUUGAAUGUCUUGCAGUAUUCCCCUCCCCCCCCCCCCCUCCUCUCUCUCCCUCUCUCUCUGUUUACAAUCUUCAUCAACAGUUUUCUACAAUGUAAUAAUUAAAUCCUUACCUAAGUAUUAUAGGAAGAAGGGGGAAAAAAUCAUUCUCAAGAGAGGGCGCUGAAUUAGAUUUAAUCACCAACUUCAAAUUUUGACAAAGAAUAAAUUGAUGGAAAAUUAUAUCAUAACUAUUUGAAUUUUAGAAUAUUUAAUCCAGUGUUUUCAAAUUAUCGAAUCUAUACCCAAACGUAAGACAUGGGGUGGUUCUCCCCUCCCCUCAGAUUUUUUUCAAACGUGCUCGUACUCAGAAAUUUGUCUAGUAACAGUAGUUUGUAUUUCUUUAAGAGCUCAAUGGGUCAUGUGCACUUAUUCUGUUGUGUAUAUGGAGGUCAAACUAUUCUUUCUGGUUUAAACCUCAUUCAUUAAUUCUGGCCAUGUAUUCUAUGUUCUUUUAGUGUCAUUUUUCUAAAGCAAUACACCAAGGGACUUUGAAAGUCAUCUGUACUUUUACUAUGUACAGCUUUAUCAUACACAGCUAGAGAAUGAUGCAUUUUAUUACAGUGGCGGAUCCAGGCGGGGCGCAAGGGUCACACACCCCCUUUAUAUUUUGAAAAUUACCCAUUUAAUAUGCAUAUUUAUAGCAAAAUCUGAAGAAAUUGUCUAUGCCUCCACUAUUUUGCUCUUUGCAGUUGUAUAUUGUAUUGGAGUUAUUGAAAAUUAAUAAAAUACAUUUUAAAGAAAAAAUACAAAUUGCUCUUUGCGCCCCCUUUGUUUCGAAAUCCUUGAUCCGCCACUGCAUAUGUAAUAAUUGUUGCCAUUUUAGAGCUGGGUUUGUGAAGCAAUCCGCCAUGAUGCUAAUAAUCAGAAUGUUCAGUAAUACUGUCUUUAUCUAUAGGUGUAUUUCUAACAAUAUUUGUCUGUAUAUUUUGCUCUACAAAGCUAUCUCAAUUCAAUUUGAAUUAUACAAUGAAUUUGCUGUAGUACUACUUAUAUUGACUCUUUAGGAUGUGUCAAGAAUUAUAAGUGCACUUCUUUCUCUUCUUUUUGCAAGGAGUUUUUUUUUGUAAAAUUUAUAUUCAGGAUGCCUUAUUGAUAGUCUAAUAUUUAUUGUAAUAGUUGUCUAUUAUAGGAAUUAAUUAUUUGUGAGAUUAUUUAUUAUGUACAGGGGAUAGAUAUUUAUGUGUAUAAGAAGGAAUAUGAAUUAUAUGAGAGUUAGCAGGCCUGGCAUAGUGUCUCAACAUUCAAAUGAAAUGUGAUAUUGAUUAUGGACUAUAUGUAACAAGUGUCAUGAUGAUUAAAUUGUGUUUAAUUUGACUGAUGGAUUUAUCAUGAUUUCAAGCAUGCGUGUAGUUCAAAUGGCAAUGUAAUUCUUUGAUUUAUGACUUGAAUGCGAAUGUGCACUUCAGAUUCUCCAAUACAAAUGAGUAUGUUUAUUCUUUGAAUGCGUAAUCACAGUAAAAGUAACAAUUAUAUUCCAAUCUACUUUUGGAAUUAUAUUUUCCUCUGUAGUAAUUGCUUGUGGGAAAAUUUAAAUGUGAACUUCGUAUUAAUUGAUUAUAUUUCUCUUUUCCAUUCUCAAUUUUAAAAUCUCAAAUGAUCCCCCACAAAAGAUAAUGUAUUGUAAAUGUUUUUCUAGCAAAUAUGCUUAAAAAUAGCAUCUCCACAUGAACCUUAUACAUGUAUGUAAGGCAUUUAAUGAUGUCAUAACAAAGCCCCCUCAAAAAAAAGUAGACCUUAUAAUCUGUUAACUUGUUUGAUGUUUCAAUAGCAGUCCAAUCAUAUUUAUAAAAUAAUAUCAGCUUAUAUGGUGAUAUCUACAUCAGAUCUAAAUAAUUAGAUUCAUGGAAUAGUUGAUGUACCACUUGCCUUGAUUUUUAAAGCUAGGAAAGGAGUAACUAACGGCAUAAAUAUUAAUGGCCUGCAAUUACUUCAGAAAGUAUUUGAAUGUAUGAAUACAUUAUGUGAUACAUUUUGUGAUAUUAUAAUUAUGUGUGUUAUUUUAAUGAACCAAACUUUAUUUCCGGGGCGAUUUUAGUAUGUUACAUACAUGGAUCCAGGAGUUUGGAUACAGGGGGCAUGUGCCACCCCCCCCCCCCCCUACUGUAGGCAAAAUUUACAAUGUGCCCCUCCCCCACCCCAGAACUUUUGUUAUAUUUUUUUAUUAGUUGCCUCCCAUUUUGAAGUGAAAGAAUCCCACUUUUUUGCAAAUUAGAUUAUCCUGAAAAAAAUAACCUAUUUUGAAUGCAAAACUUUUUUUCACAAUUUUAUGUGCUCCAUCUCCGACAUCAUGGAUACGCCCCUGUUUUGGUAUCGUUUCAAGAGUUGGUAGUUUUUGGUUGAAGAGAUGAUAGGGGUGUAAAGGUCUUAAUAUUUAGUGUGCUUGAUUUAUCAAUCAUUUUUAUGUUGAUUCUCUGGGAGAUCAAUUGAAAAGGAAAAUAGAUUUUCUGCAAAAAAAAGUUAUUAUUAAAAAAGAAGAUAUUUGCAAUCCUAA